AUGCGGCUGCUCGGCGCCUUCCUGCGGCUGCUGGUGGCCGGGACGCUGGGGGCACCGCCCGCCCCGGCCCCGGAGGAACGGGGGACCGCCAGCACGGAGUCUCCCGUCCUUACCUUUCGGGAGAUCUGGAAUCGUAGCUUCUGCCGGCCUCUGGAGCAGCUGGUGGACGUCAUUACCGAAUUCCCCAACGAGGUGGAGUACAUUUUCAGACCCUCCUGCGUCUCUCUGCAGCGCUGCGGAGGCUGUUGUGGGGACGAGGGUCUCCGCUGCGUGCCCGUGGAGACGAGCACGGUCACCAUGCAGCUCCUGAAGAUAAAGCCGAACGGGGAGGCACCCUAUGUGGAGAUGGCGUUCACCGAGCACAAGCAGUGCGAGUGCAGGCCCCGGCAGGACCUGAUGAGGUUGGGAAGGAGGAGGUCCAAGGGCCGAGGUAAGAGAAGACAAGACAAGAAGGGACGGAAAGACUGUGAACUGUGUGGCACACCCCGCAGGUAGCCCCUGCCCUGCCCCAGCCUCGCUCCCACCAUGGGCCGAGCCAGCUGCCCCUGUCCCCAGCACGGGGCACUGUGGAGCCGUGUCCCUCCAGGACUCCAGCACGGAAGAGCUGACUGUUACUCCUGCUUGGCCCUGCUGGGAGCACCGCCUGGCACCAAGGACUCCCUUGCCCAUCUGCCCCACUGGCAGCAAGAGAAAAGGACUUGAGACCAAGCCUGGGGCUGAAGAUGAGGAGCUCAAGCAGUGUGCUGCUGUUUGAGGACAUUCUAGGGACAAUGAGGAGCCAAGCUGGUGCAUGUGCUGCUGGAACUGGCUGGGGAGGGGACAGCAUGAUGUGGCAGUGAGUGGAGAUGGCUCACAGGGCUGCACCUGCAGAACUUCUCUGUCCUGCCAGCGCUCUGCAGCUGGGGAGGAAGGAAACCUGGGGCAGGCAAGGCUGUAGGGCUGCAUCCGUCCCAGUUUUGGCACGGGGCAGGUGCCAGGGAUCUUGCCUGGGAAGCUGUUCUGCUUGGGAACAGAAGGGAACUGGGCUCCUCAUGUUUUUACAGCUGCAUCUCAGCUUUGCCCUGCUCAAUAAAAGCUGGUCAGACAUGGGAGCUGGCAGCUCCUGUCUGCAAGGCAGGGAACUUCUCCAUGGUCACCCACUCGGGCUGGAAUAGGGCUGUGACCCAGGGUUUGUCCCCAUCACCAAUCCUGCAGCACCAAGGGACUGCCCUUGCUGUGAUGCUGGAGAUGGGCAACCAGCAGGUUGCUCCCUGGGCUGGGGGCUAUCCUUGUGCUGGAGUUCAACUGGGUGCUGGGAGACCCUUGGGUGAGCUGCCCUUCCCCUCCACAGCACAGUGUGGGACUGGUACCUCUCCCUGUUCACCCUGCCCAUCCUGUGCUCACCCAUUCUCUUUUUUUGUUUGAAAGCUUCAAACAAAAGACCGGAGGGCAAGAUCUGCAAAGGUUUCAAGGUUACCCCUAAAUGAUGGGACCUGUGGUUUAUCCUGCUCUGAGGAACAAGAGUGGAGCCCAACCCAGCAAGAACUGGGGUCCAAGGUGGCUCCUUGCCACACCUGACAGAGCUGCCUGCGGUAGGGGUUACGUUAUGACUCUCCAAGCCGUAAUGCUGGUGUUGCCUGAGGCUGGGGACAUGGGGACAGGGCAGAUCCCUGCCAGGGGAAGCUGGAGGUGGGUGUUGAGGUUACGUGAACCUGCAUACUGCCAUCAUAUAGCAGGGAAUUGACUGUGUGAGUUGUAAUUGUGCAGCUGGGCAUUUCGUUCAGGAGCUUGCUGGAUCCCUUUUGGAUCCCAUUUCCAGGCAUCCACAGUGUCCUGGAGCACAGCCUACAUGGCCUUUGCCUCAAAAAUAGCCCAUGAAGUUCCUCCUUCACUACCUCACAGAUGAGGGGAACUCGCUGCUCCCCUUCCCACAUCACUCAAAGUCCGUGUGGACCAUGUGCUGGCCUGGUCCACACAGGCUUUCCCUGUCACUGUGUGUCAUUUCUGCCUGGCUGGCUCUGCUCUGAGGCCAAGGAGAACCAAGUGCAGCACUUGAGGAUGUAUGUGAUGGUUUCUGUAUUGUCUUUAAUACCCUGGUAGUAUUAUGUGUUUA